GUCAAAUGCCAUGUGUCACGUCAUUAGAAAUAAACAAAAAACUAUAUUAAAUUUCAGGUAAUCAAGUUCAAUCAUAUGAAAAUCUAGGUGAUGAUGAAUUAAACAAUUUUUAUUAAGGAAUAAGUGAAUAAAAUGAAGAGCGUAGUUUUGAAAUAAAUAUCAGCGGAAACAUAGUCACCUAACCUCUAAAAAUGUGGAAAUUUUCACGUUCUAAUUAUUCGAAUUUCAAUUCCAUUUCUCUGGACCAGCUGAAAGCCGCAAACCAAUCGUUUAAUAAAAAAAUAAAAGGUACGUUCUUCGAAAAAUGGAUAAAAUACUGGAAACAACUAGCAAACGACUAUACAGAAGUAGCAAUCAACCUGAAAACAGAAAUGAGGCAAAAACCACUCAAAUCUGUAACGUAUAUCACAGGAUUAGGGUUGAUGGGGUACUGUAUGUCUCAUAACCCGGAUUUGCAGAGCUUCAGAGCCAAGUACGUUCAGUGUUCAAACGAACUGGCCCUCGUCAAUAGCAGCAUAGCAAAUCCUGAAUCGCUGCGUCACUUGAAGUACGUCGAGCAGUGUUUCAAUGCCAAUCUAAUUCGCUACACAAAUCUAGGCAUUCUUUCGAUAAUAUGGGUUGAUGAAUUCAGUAGCGAAUGUGACACAUAUGAAAGUAAUUGCUCAUAUCUACAAGUACCUUACAGAAAGCUUGGUGAUCGGAUCAUAGAUGUUGGGUUUUUGAAUAUUUGGUGGAUAACAUCUAGGAAGAUGCUUGAUUACGAUAUAAAUUACUGACUUUCUUGAUAUUUUAUAGUUGUAUUUACUUAUUUGUUAAUAAAAGAAGAAAACACUAA